AUGGCGGAGACCACCACCAACGGCGAGCGGCCGCGCGAGGACCCGGAGAAGACGCUGUGGAUGGGCGACCUGGCCUUCGAGUGGGACGAGGCCUUCAUCGCCGACCUCUUCGAGGGCUUCGGGGCCGUGACGGCCUACCGGCCCUACGACCCGCGCGCGGACCGCCCGACGCUCUACGCCUUCGUGACCUUCGAGAGCGAGGCCGAGGCGACGCGCGCCUUCGAGGAGCUCAACGGCGCGACGAUCCCGGACACGCGGCGCCGGUUCCGGCUCAACCCGCGGAGCAAGCGGCCCGAGCGGCCGGCGGAGCGGAUGGCGCGGAAGCGGCCCCGGAGCCGGUCGCCGGGCGGCUACGACCGGCG